CUGUGAGUAGAGCAACCGAAAGUAGAGCAACCAACACAGUCAGCCACUCUCGACGGCACCGUCUUUGGGAGACCAGAAACCCGAUCACGGUGCACCUUAUGCAAUCAAUGCAUCAAUGUGCAGAAUGCGCACAUCGCAUCAACCCUCUGCAAGCGCAAUAAUCCAAGAUCCGCCAACGACAAUUGAAGGACUGACCCAACAAUCAAGACAGGAGGCAGACGAAGGUAGGUUAAUCAUAAUAAAUAUACACACUAUAUCAGCGAUGAAAUAAGGGUGGAAGGAUGAUCGGAAAUGACCAGAUGAAGCGUGGUGAAGAAAGACCCAAAAGGGUGGGAAGAAUGCGAAAGAGUGGGAGCAAAAGGUAGGGAGAAGAAGAGGGACAAGAAAACAGAGAGACGGGGAGGUGGUACGUGGUACAGGAGAACACGAAGAGGAGAACAUCAGUUGCCGUGACCGAGAGAGCCAUGGAGCGCGUGAUCACCAUCAUGGGAGAGUUGGGCAAGAAUAGCAGCAGCAGCAGCAGCAGUCGCAGUCGGAGUGGGAGUCGCAGAUACACUGGCAGCGCAUUAUCGCAAUCAGACCAGAACAGCGAAAUAUCAACUCGCAGUGCUACAUUCGCAUCACUCUCCCAAAAACCUUAUCAAUUGAUUGAUUAUUUUCCGCCCGGCGAAUGCUAAUUUAUGAUUGGCUGGUUGGGCAGUGCACCUCGCGGAUCAAUUGGCACGUCACAUGCGAGGUAUAAACAUCCGCUGGCUCCCCUCCCCGCGCGCUGGCCCAACACGCCCAUACCACUGCUACUGCUACUAUUUCUUCUUCUACUUCUUGUGAUCCUCCUCUCUUGACAGUCUCUUCUGUUGCCAGUCUACUCUACUCAUCUCACAUUCAUCCACCAACUUACACAACCUCACUUGUCCACGUCGCCAUGCCUCCCAAGAAAGCUGCCACCGCCGCCGCUCCGGCCAAGGACACAAAGGAGAAGAAGCCUGCUGCCGCGCCGGCCCAUGCCUCUUACAAAGACAUGAUCAAGGAGGCCAUCCUCAACUUGAAAGAGCGCAACGGAAGCAGCCGACAAGCUAUCAAGAAGUAUGUCAAGGCAAACAACAAUAUCACCGUCACUUCCGAGACCCAAUUCGACUCGCUCUUCAACAAGGCCUUGAAGUCCGGUGUUGAGAAGGGCGACUUCACACAGCCAAAGGGCCCCUCUGGUCCCGUCAAGCUGGCAAAGAAGGAAGCCAAGCCUGCUGCGAAGCCUGCCGCGGUCAAGAAGGCACCCAAGGACACCAAAGACGCUAAAGACGCGAAGCCCAAAGCAACCAAGGCCAAGGCCACGACCACCAAGACCAAGUCUGCUACUGCUACCGGCACCACUGCCGCCGCCAAGCCCAAGAAGGCCGCUGCCCCGAAGAAGGCGACCGCCGCCAAACCCAAGGCCAACACGGCGACGAAGCGAGCUCCCAAGACCAAGACCAAGACUGAAGCUCCCGCUCCUGCUGUCCAGGAUGUUCCAACAGAACUUAAGAAGACCAAGUCCGGCCGAGUCAGCAAACAGAAGACCACCACUGGAGCCACCAAAAAGGCCGCGCCCAAGAAAUCCGCCGCAGCCGCCAAGAAGGCCACCCCUAAGAAGGCAACGCCCAAGAAGACCGAGGCCGCCGCUGCCGAGUGAAAAGGUCAUUGACUCUUGCAGCUGAUCGUGGCUCUCUGGCGGUUCGUUCCUGACGAGCUACCCACAGCCAUAUCGCCGUUAUGACUUGAUGUGUCUUGCGUGUCUCUUAUUUUUGUGCUCUGUAUGUCUAUCACUCUGCUUUUUUGCUGUCACCAGAAUCGUCAUUAUCUGGAGAGGUGGUUAUGGCCGGGUUCCGGAUCCAUCGGAUUGCGACCAACGGGGUGUAAGGCGUCAAAGGAGAACGGAUUCCGUCGAUGAUACCCCAAACGCAAGGCCAACGCGUGGCAAAGAUCACUUUGUCGGCGUCGCCGUGGUCGUCCUGUUCUGCGCCACUGCAUCGCCCCCGACUACCUACCUCAUCCACAUGGCGCAAAUACCGGUCCGGGAAGUUGAGCUGGAUGCUGUUUUCGCUUGGGGUUGGGAUGGGAUGGGAAAGGUUACAUAUUAGGCGUUUCUUCAUGCUCUUUUUUCCGUCAUUGUUGCCUUUCAGUGGCUGGGCUCAGGCGUGGAUGUUAUGAAUGGAUGGCUGGUUGGGUGGACGGAUGCAACGCGAUGGCAUGGAAUGAGAGGACCCCAGCAUCUGACUGGCGGCGACGCUGGACUGGGGAUGCGAGACAUAGGGGACUUUCAAGCUGUAGAUCCGGGAGCUGCUGCUCUCUGCCAAACUCAAACUCGAUCAGCUUGUGUGCAGUGGUCCAAAAGCGCUGGCUACCUGACGAUGGCAGUGCUGAAAGCAAUGCUGCAUCCUACCACUACAUACCAGAAAGAAAGCAGGUUUGUAAACACUGCAAACAGUCUGUAUCUGUGUAUCAACAUGACCUGCCGACCUGAACAUAAUAAGUGGCCCACCUCCUGGGCGAUCUGAGUCCAAGACCGCAUGCCUCCUCUACUGCAAACCUCAGGCUCUUUCCUACCAAGGCACUGCACUGUAGACCUGUUCUAUUAGUACCAGGCAUUUCAAUCAUAAUGGUCAAAACUUACGUCCUCC